AUGGCCAAAGAUUUCAAUAUGUCUUCUAGUACACGUGCAACUAAAAAACCGAAGACGUCAUUCGAACAUCAUGUGCCUAUUGCAAUUGAAGAUGAGAGUAUUGAUUUUGAGGAUGCUGAAAUUCACACACGCCCUAUUGAGCAAAAUGUUGCGAAGACGAGAAACAAAAGCAAAGUGAGAACUUCCAAAGAAGAUGUUGACAAGCCAUGGCAAGAUGAGGAUGACAACUAUGGCAAGAAGAUAGAAGAAGACGACGAUGGCGAAGAAGAUGAGGAAGACGUUGAUGGUGAAGAAAAUGAAGCAUUCGACGAUGGCGACGGAGAUGACGAAGACGGCAAAUGGCGAAGGAGAGAUGAAGAAGAAGAUGAUGGGAAAAUUUUUGUGACUUCUGAAUUUGUUGAAGUCAACUCACCAUAUAUGUAUUCUGGCCUUCUUGAGGAGCUUUCGCUCCUAUACAUCUCAAUAAUGGAAGAACGCACCAGCAGUCAGCAAACCAAGGCUAAGACCAGGGGAACGGACCAAUUCAAUCCAUUUGAAAACCAAAGGCUUGAGCUUUCGCUAUGA